AUGGCUACAGAUUGUUUCAGCAAGUGGGUAGAAGUCCACACGGCGGAGUCCGUGCAGUCGACCACAUUGAUAGAGUUUCUUGCACAGGAAAUAUGUUAUCGAUGGGGGUUUCCGGAGGUGGGGGUAACGGACAGUGCCGCGAUGUUCUUAGGCAGGAACUGGGAGCAGUUCUGUCAAAAGAACGAAAUCACAAUACGAACUAGCCCGGGAUACCACCAGCAGGCCAACCCUGUAGAAAGGCAGGUUCAAGAAUUAAAGAAGAUGUUGCGAGCUGCCUUGAUAGGCAAAGACGAGUCGCACUGGGAGCGAUGCCUCGCAGAAAUCAUAUUCAAUUUAUGA